GGAGGGGGGGGAAGUGCCUCUAUCUGUGAACGCCCAUGAUUGUGUGUCUGUCUGAGGACUUGCUCAGAAGCUGCAAGCAGUGACUGUGGUGCUGAAACAGCUCCUGUCUCUUCCCUGUUCCAAGGCAAAGCACUGGGGAGGGGAGGUGGUGCUGAAAGAACAGCUCCAUUCCAGUGCUGAAGGUGCUCUGUCCUAUGCCACAAGGAUUGAAAUGGCAUCUUAGCUUUAUCAGGACAGUGUUUCCUUUUCACGUGCGUUCACUUUUAAGGAAUGUUCUGGGACCGGUAUCAUUGCUAAUCUGAUGUAUGAUGAAUACAAGCACAUUUCUAUUGUAGGAAGUGACUGAUAUUGGGUCAGCUGGCACUAUUGGCAAGCCUUUUAUUUCUUUGCAUGUGAUAUCGCAAGCAUACAGGUUGCUGGGCAAAGGCUUGGAGUAAAUGCUUGACUUCAUCUGGGAUGCCCUGAUGCUGGAUCUCCACCUAUUUCAUGGCGGUGGCACGGAAAAUCAAAACUUUGCUGACUGUCAACAUUUUAGUCUUCGUGGGUAUCAUUCUCUUCUCCGUCUACUGCAGGAUCCAAGACAGGUCCCAAGAACUGGUACAGAUUGUAAGAAGUUCUGAUCGCAGAGUAAGGAGCAGGGGCACCAAAGUGGGGACUCUAGUUGACCGGGAGUCUAUACUUCAAAGGCUGGACCACCUAGAGGAAGUAGUGUACAACCAGUUAAAUGGUUUAGCCAAGCCUAUGGGACUUGUGGAGGGACCUGGAGGGCUAGGACAAGGUGGUAUGGCUGCCACCUUAAGAGACGACAGCCAUGAAUCAGAAAACAAAUAUGAGGAAUACGGUUAUAAUGCCCAGCUCAGUGACAGGGUCUCCCUUGACAGGUCGAUCCCUGACUACAGACCCAAAAAAUGCAAGCAGAUGACUUACCCGGAUGACUUACCUCAGAUUGCAGUAGUCUUUAUAUUUGUGAAUGAAGCUCUGUCUGUUAUCCUGCGGUCUGUGCACAGUGUAGUCAACCACACUCCUUCCUCUCUCCUAAAAGAGAUAAUACUGGUGGAUGAUAAUAGCGACAAUGUGGAACUGAAAUAUAACUUGGAUCAAUAUGUGAAUAAGAGAUACCCAGGGCUGGUGAAAAUUGUGCGUAAUACGAGACGGGAAGGACUCAUUCGAGCUCGGAUUCAAGGAUGGAAGGCAGCCAGUGCACCAAUCGUCGGCUUUUUUGAUGCACAUGUGGAAUUCAAUACUGGCUGGGCUGAACCAGUGAUUACAAGAAUCAAAGAAGAUCGCAGCAGGAUCAUUUUGCCAGCAAUCGAUAAUAUCAAAUACAAUACAUUUGAAGUGCAGCAGUAUGCAAAUGCAGCCCAUGGCUAUAACUGGGGGUUGUGGUGCAUGUACAUCACUCCUCCUAAAGAUUGGUUAGAAAAAGGCGAUGAGUCUGCUCCAAUCAGAACUCCUGCAAUGAUCGGCUGCUCUUUUCUUGUUGAUAGAGCAUACUUUGGAGAUAUUGGACUGCUAGACCCUGGCAUGGAAGUGUAUGGUGGAGAAAACAUUGAGCUAGGCAUGAGAGUAUGGCAAUGUGGUGGAAGCAUGGAAGUCCUUCCUUGCUCCAGAGUUGCCCACAUCGAACGUACAAAAAAGCCUUACAACAAUGACAUUGACUACUAUGCAAAACGCAAUGCUUUAAGAGCUGCUGAAGUGUGGAUGGAUGAGUUCAAAUCCCACGUUUACAUGGCUUGGAAUAUACCCAUGACAAACCCCGGUGUGGAUUUUGGGGAUGUUUCAGAGAGAGUCGCUCUGCGCCAGAAGCUGCAAUGCCGUAGUUUUAAAUGGUACCUGGAAAAUGUAUAUCCAGAAAUGCGAGUGUACAAUAACACUAUAACUUAUGGUGAGCUCCGGAACAGUAAAGCAACUGGCUACUGUUUAGAUCAAGGCUCUGAAGAUGACAACAAAGCCAUCCUGUACCCUUGCCAUGGCAUGUCCUCACAGCUUGUACGCUACAGCAGUGAAGGCCUACUCCAGUUAGGCCCAUUGGGUUCCACAUCCUUCCUUCCUGAUACAAAGUGUUUGAUUGAUGACGGAAAAGGCAGAACCCCAACACUAAAGAAAUGUGAUGAUGUCCUCCGAUCAGCUCAAAAACUUUGGGAUUUUACACAGAGCAGCCCCAUAGUUAACAGAGACACGGGUCGUUGCCUGGAAGUUGAAAUGUCCAAGGAUGCUAAUUUUGGACUACGGUUAGUAGUACAAAGGUGCUCAGGACAAAAAUGGAUAAUAAGAAACUGGAUAAAACAUGGAAGAAAUUGAUGUCUUUUUUUGAGAGAGGAUGUUCAGCCAAGAUUUUGGAUGACCACAAGGCUAUGCUUUUUUGUAUAAACCUUGGGAAAACAUUCCUUAUGAAAGUUUACAAUGACUAAACAUUACUUGAUAAUGGACCAUCCACUGAGUGGAUUGAUUGUCAUGAACCAUGUAUGUAAAAUAAAUAAAUAAAUAAAGGAGCAGACAUGGGACUUCUGGAGGCUCAGAAGAUAUGGAAAAAACUGCAGGGGGUAUUCUAGCAAGCGUGAAGGCCAAGAGAAAAGAUCCUUAUCGUUGCUAGAUUUUGUGUUACAAACUGGUGCACAACUCCUACAACAAAUUAUCAUGUGCCUUUUAUUGUACUUCCUAUACAAAAGAAUAGAGCAUCCCUUACAUCAGCAUGUGUGAUUAAUUGUGAUAAUAAUGUAAAUAAAAUACAGAUGUAAUUAAGCAAUAAUCCCCAAUGGGCUCGGUAUCUUUUUGAGGAAAUUCCACAGAUUUAAAGUAAAAUGUUAGCAGGAUAGCAUUAUUUAUAUAUGAUAAAAUUGGCUUUCAAGAAAUGUAAAAAUGGCAUUGCAUUAAAUCUCUCUCUGUCUUUAGUAGGCAGGGACUGGCACCGUGUAGCAUCCAAUUGCAUCAAAUGAGAGACAAACAAAUAGCAUAUGGGCUCUAUGUAAGGGUACAACUACAUGAGCAUCUUCAACGUGAUUUUGGCGGACGCAGUACGCCAAACCGCAGGUGUCAAGUCGGAUGUGACGGAAAAUAAGGUAAGCUAUAGCAAUGUCGGAUGGUGUUGCAACGUUUAUCUGACGCAACGCGACUAUCGGAUGCAGAUGCAGCAAGCAACGUCUGUCGCGUCGGAUGAACGCUGCAACACCAUCUGACAGUUGUAUUUCUUACUUUAUUUUCCAUCGCGUUGAAGACGCUCAUGUAGUUGUACCCUAAUAGAAGGUGCUAGGCAUCUGUAGCAACCAAUCAGCUGAUAGCAUUUGCUGGUCAGUUAAAAAUCUUAAUGGUGGCAUCUGGGCAAACAUUGUGUCUUAUGUUGUAUAUGGGGAUUAAUGCUCUAUUGAAAGCAAGAAGUUUAGUGCAAAAGUAUAGUAUUCAGUUAGGCUAAUAGCACAUGGUCUGUCUGGACACUACAUGAAGACACACUGAGCUUAUUAGUAGCAGACACUUUUCACAGCUAAAAACACCAGAAAAUAUCCUGCCAUAGACAAUACUGAAAAUUGCUUCAGCUAAAACACACAUAGAGACAAUUAUCAGUAAUUAUCAGGAUUAUUUUUGCAGCUGUGACAAGUAGCUGCUACAAAAAACUCAGUGCAUCUGCGUCCUAAAGAUUGAACAAAUUGAGAUGAAUAAAAGCUGCAAAUUACAACCCAAUUUUGAUUGCAGAAAAACUGUAUGCAUAAAAUACUUAUGUUAAAAAUGCAAUUACCACUACUACCAAGAUUAAUAUUGUGACUGAAAAAUACAUUAAAUAAGGCAACUGAUUUUUUUCUACUGUUCAAAUAUUUUUACCUUCUUUAUCAGAGGCAUAGCCUUGUGAUUGCAACUUCCACAUUGCACCCCCAUUAUGUUGGUAGUAGUGAUGUGCGGGUCGGGUUUUUUCUGACUUGCACCCAACCGUAACCCAGCCUCCCUCAGUCCUCGCCUGUCUUCAUUCCACUUCCGGGUUCUUUUUAUAGAUCCGCGCAGCCCCUUCGAUUAUAUUACAAAAGGGGUGGGGCGAACAGGUGCACGGCUAAAAACGCGGAAGAUGAAAGCCAGCAUUUGAAGGUGGCAGGUGGGGAGAUCAUUGGAAGAGCUUAACCCACACCCGCCAAGAGGAGUCCGAGGUCGGGCCCGAACUUGCCUGACCCGUGGGUCCUGCGGGUAUCGGACCGGCCUGCACAUCACUAGUUAGCCCAUAAAAAAGUGCAUGGUGUAAUGGAUGCCUGUACAUUGGGUACAGGGCUCCAUCAAGCUCCUGAGCACUAUAGUUUGCUCUGCAAAUAUUUCAACAAAGGAAAAACAGAUACAGAAAAAUUUGCAGUUGCACAAGGGCUAAAUUAACAGCACUCUUAAGGGGAAUGUCAACCCCAAAAAAAAAUUCUACCUUAUAAAACGAAACAUAAUUCUCAGCAACCUGGCAAUAUACUUUCAUUACAAAUUGUAUAUGGUUUUUAGGUUAUUUGUAUAUGUAUUGCUAUUGAAGCAGUGUUUGCCUUUCUAUUAUCUGCCCAGAUGGCACAGACUGUUGAUACAAUGUAGACAAGGCAGCUGAUUAAUAGACCUGUCUUUGCUGGGGGGGAAAAACUCCUGG